AUGCGUCUGAUAUAUUUAGUGUUUGUUUGCUUCACGGCGGUUACAAUUUCUGCAGCCCCAACCACCGUCACCAUAAGACAAUGGCCCCAGCUAGCUAACGUUCUGUUCACAUGGAACUGGUCUACCUUUGAACAAUACUGCGGCGGUACCGUCUUAAGCAAUAGAAGUAUAUUAACUGCUGCUCAUUGCGUAACCGCCCAUCCCGCAAGUAGAUUCCGCCUACGUCUUGGAUCUACUUUUGUAAACAGCGGUGGUAUUGGAGUAAAUGUUGAAAGCAGUCUUAUUCAUCCCUAUUAUAAUUCGAAAACUGAAAACUUCGAUGUUGCUUUACUUUACGCCGUUAACAGUUUCGCACUAAAUGACCAAAUAAAACCUGCAAGAAUUGCUAGCUUUGAUUACAACCUCGGUGACAGCCAAAUUCUUCAUGCCACUGGUUGGGGUACGACUGAGUAUUACUCAUCUCGUUCUGAAGAGCUUGCUGUUGAGCAAAUUUGGAAAAUCAUUGGGAACGGAAGGGCCCUUAUUGGCGCCGAUAUGACCUAUAAAGCGACAGCCUAUACGAAUUUCGGUCCUAUAGCAAACGUAAUAAAAUCUUGA